AUGGGAGCUGUGAAUCAUAUCAAAUGUCAAUAUCCUUCAAAGAUGAUGUUUGAGAUUCCACAUGUACUGACCAAGUUCUACCAGCAUAUCUUAGCGUUGGUGUUUGCCAUAAAAGAGAUUAAUGAGGAUGCCAGGAUCUUGCCCAACAUCACUCUUGGGUUCCAUAUCUAUGACAGCUACUAUGAUGCGAGGAUGACCUAUCGGGCCACAUUGGACCUUCUCUUUAAGUCCCAUAGGUUUGUCCCCAACUACAAAUGUGAAUUCAAGAAAACAUUCUUAGGGAUCAUUGGCGGACUUGGCUCUGAUACCUCCUUCCAAAUGGCCGACAUCUUAGAACUCUACAAGAUUCCACAGCUCCACCCGUUUCUUCAAGGCAUUUCAUUUAACAAUUCAGCAAAUAAAUCAUUGUCUUUCAAUUGUAAGAAGGAAAUUGGAAAUGAAUUUGACAUCAUGAAUAUCGUCACAUUCGCCAAUAACUCCUUUCAGAGGGUCAAAGUUGGAAGGCUGAAUCUGAAUGAACAUGAAGAAAAGGAACUAAUCCUUAAUCAGGAUAUGAUUUUGUGGCACAAACACUUUAACCAGGUGAUUCCUGUUUCUGUUUGUAAUGAAUGCUGUCACCCUGGUAAUCAGAAGAAAAUGAAAGAAGGAGAAAAGUUUUGCUGCUAUGAUUGUGGUCCUUGCCCAGACUGGAAGAUAUCAAACCAAACUGAUAUGAAGGACUGUUUCAAUUGCCCAGAAGAUCAGUAUCCAAGCAUUGACAGAAAUAAUUGCAUCCCCAAAUCGAUAGUCUUUUUAUCUUAUGAAGAAGUUUUAGGGAUCAGUUUAGCCUCAGCUGCUGUUUCAUUCUGCCUGAUUACAGCCUUGGUACUAGGAACUUUUAUUGAGUACAGAGAUACCCCCAUAGUCAGAGCCAACAACCGGGAUCUCACAUACAUUCUUCUCAUCUCUCUCAUGCUCUGCUUCCUCUCCUCUUUACUGUUCCUUGGUCAACCUGGGAAAGUGACCUGCCUUCUCCAACAACCAACUUUUGCCAUUAUCUUCUCAGUGGCUGUUUCCUGUGUUCUGGAAAAACCCACCAUAGUUUCUCUUGCAUUUAGAGCCACAAAGCCUGGAUCUCGGCUAAGCAAAUGGGUGGGCAAAAGACCUGCAUACUGCAUUGUCCUCCCAUGCUCCCUUGUUCAAGCAAGCAUUUGUACUCUGUGGCUGACUACCUCUCCAUCAUUCCCUGAUUUAGAUAUGCACUCAGUAACUGAUGAAAUCAUUCUGCAAUGUAAUGAAGGUUCAGUCACCAUGUUUUACUGUAUCCUCGCCUACAUGGGCUUCCUAGCCAUUGUCAGUUUCAUUGUGGCCUUCCAAGCCCGCAAAUUACCUAACAGUUUUAAUGAAGCCAAGUUCAUUACAUUCAGCAUGUUGCUGUUUUGUAGUGUGUGGAUCUCCUUUGUCCCAACUUACUUUAGUACAAGAGGAAGAGACAUGGUGGCUGUGGAGAUCUUCUCCAUCUUGUUCUCCAGUGCUGGCUUACUGGGAUGCAUCUUUUGCCCAAAAUGUUACAUCAUUUUAUUGAGGCCAGAAUUGAACAGCAAAAAGCAAUUAAUCAUGCAUAAGCAUUAA